AAAACGUAGUUUAAAAAUGGAUAUUUUUUUGUUUUUCAAUUUUAAUUUUUAAAGACCAGAAAAGGUUCACAAAUUAUUAUAUUAAGCCGAAUCAUACACAGUUUAUUUAUUCACGGUUGUUUCAUUGAAAAAUUUGGGAUCCUAGUUGUCAAAGAUACCAAGCCAUGAAUAUUUCAAGACACCAUGUUGACCAACAACUGUGGUCAGAUCAUGAUAAUCUCUCCUUCAGCUUCAACUUUGUCAAUCAUAUUUCAGAAGAAAAAUACGGUGAGGCUGUUUUUAACAAGAUUUGUGAAGCAAUCUCAAAAUGCUACAAAUCAGAAAUACCAAUCUCGGCACGGCUUUUGGAAAACUACCAGUUAUACCCAAUAUCCUCAAACCAUUCCUUGCAUGAGUUCCUCGAUGAAGAAUCACAAAGAAAUCAGAAUUUCUUAAUUUUCAUGAGAAGAGAUGGUCAUGUACUAGUCAGGUGGUUUGGACCUUUCGUCAAUACUGACCAUCUUGGCAGUAUCGUCGAAAGGGUGACUCGUUCGCAUUUGAUUUUGAAAAAUAUCCGAGAAGCUAUGACUCUAGAACAAGAUGAAGAGGACAGUGAUGAGAAAUUUGAGUCUGGCAAAACUGAUCUGAUGGAAAAAUAUUGGAAAAACGUCAAGGAUAUAUUGGCAAAAAUUGAGGCAAAGAAGAUUGAGUUAAAAGGGUUUGCCUAUCAAGUCUUUGAUGAACCAACUGCUGACAAAUUAACUAAACAGUUGCAUGCCUCGUCAGGAAAAGUGCUGGUCAAGGGGGUGGCCGCGAUAUUGCUUGCCGAGAUUGCCGAAGAACUAGGCAGCAAGAUUGCCGGGAUGGUUGCCACCAAAACUGCAGCGAAAGCUGCGACAAAGGGUGGCUCCACUGGCUUCCACAAAAUUGCUGCAAAGAGUGUGCCUGUCUUGAGUUUGGCUGUGGGCAUCGGGUUUGGUGUGUGGAGGUGCUGGCGAGGGGAUCUAACCGGGGCGGGAUUAGAAGUGAUGUCCGGGGCGGCGGCAUGCAUCCCUGGCUCUGGUACUGCUACAUCGCUUGCAAUCGAUGCCGGGCUCAUUGCAAGAGAUGUGUAUGAAGCAAAGAAACUUGAUGCUGAGGGGAUUGAGCAAUUGAAAGAAGAUAUGAGCAAUCUUGACCAAGGCUUGAAGGAUUUAUAUGACAAUUAUGACAGCGCAAUGGCAGAAUACGAGUUUGUUAAAGAUGUGCUUGAUUUGGGAUUUUGCGUCAGAAAUAUUGACCAUGAGAUUAAGAUUUUGGACAAUGCUGUAAACAUACUAGACUCGCUCUACGAUGAAUACGUUCUCAUGUAGUUUAGUUCAGAAUACUAAAAUUUCUAUUAAGAAAAGUAUGGUUGUAAGUAAUUAAAACAUCAUACUGUACUCCAGUUUCUAGAUAUAUAGAUCAGUGGAAGAGACCACCUGGUUGUUAGUGGAUAAGUGGGGUUAACCAUCAAAACGACCAAUUUAAACUCAUCAUGUCUAAAAUUCCUCACAAGUCUCAUCAAGCAAUCGGUUCACGACAGUUAAUAACUGAUAACUAUUUUUUCAUUCGUAUUCCAAUAUUAAAACAUUGUUCCUUCAUUUUAUUACUUCCCAUGCAAAAGUCAUACUUUUUCAGUUUUCAAAGUUCCGUAAAACUCUAUUCGAAAUAACCUAUUUUAUUUCCUAUGACGUACCGCAAAAUAUUAACAAAGAAAUUAAAAAUAGCCUGUGCUCACUUAUAGCUCUUAGAGAUACCCGGGAAUUGUAAAUAUGUACAAAAUAUUUCAAAUUAAUUCAUGUAAAGUAUGUUAUAUCUUGUAGAAUAUUAUA